GUGACCCUGAGCAAGAACCACGUGGUUUUAUGUUUUAUCAGUGCACGUUCAUAGAAGCAUUAAAUGAUUUAAAAAAUAGUGAAAAUAACCACUGUGGUGAAAUGGCGUUAAGAUUUUACCUUCGGGUUUUGGAAAAGUUUCCAAUAGCAACGAUGUCGGUAACAACAGGUACCCUGAUGGCUGCAGGUGAUAGCGUUGCACAAAUAGCUGUCGAGAAAAAGCAACAGCCGUAUGACUUCAAAAGAACUGGGCGCUUUCUUGGAUUUGGACUUUUCAUUGGAGGUCCGAUGUUCAGAUUUUGGUAUCUAGGAUUGGACAAAGCAUUUAAGGGCACAAAGUUAGGACCACUUAAAAUGCUGGCUUGUGAUCAGCUGUUGUGGGCACCUUCUUUCCUGACAUUUUUCCUGGGCACAAUGGGAGCUCUUCGAGGAGACUCAUCAAGUCAGAUCAAAGAGAAGAUAUCAAAUGAUAUAUGGCCAGUUUUACUUACCAAUUGGAAGAUAUGGCCGGCAGUACAGUUAGUGAAUUUCUAUCUAGUUCCACUACAACACAGGGUGUUGGUUGUUAACUUUGUUGCCCUUGGUUGGAAUACUUACAUGGCGUGGGUUUCUGAGAAAGAACUUACAGACAGCACCAAGGAAGCAGCUCAUUGACAACAGAAAAUACCUAGAAUAUGGUAUAUGUCCAAGGAUUGGCAGAUGGAAGUUUACUACAUGUAUAUCAAUGUCACAAGGAGAAAUUUAUAUG